AUGAAUGGGGAGUGCAGCUCAACAAAGACUUCUUGGUCUGCGCGCGACAGAUUUAUCUGGUACUUCUACGUCUGGUUCAUGCCAUUGGCUAAUCACACUGGCACCAUCUGUAGUGGCCUCUGUUUCGUCGUACUACUUCGCCACCGACGGGUGUUUGCAUCAUCAACUCGAGCCUGGUUUCUCGCCCUCACUGCGAGCGACUUUCUCAUUCUGCUCUUCGCCGGCAACGACAUGUACGCCGAGGUGACUUUCCCUCACGCCUAUCAUUAUUUUAUUGGAUGUGUGCUCGGCCCGUACACUUGCAUAAUCCGACUCAGCACGAUUGUUGGUCUUCUCUGGAGCUCGAAUCUUCUUCAAGCUGGACUCUCUCUUGAGCGGCUCAUUUCCAUCUUGGCUCCAUUGCGCUCCCGUGCUCUGCUGACUGGGCGACUGGCCAGGUUCAUAAUCACCGGCAUGAUCAGUCUCGCCUUGGUUGGCGGAAUCGCAAUGAACAUGCUCUCGUUGCAGCCGACCAUAUUUGCCCAACUCGCCAAUUCGACAGAGGAGGCUAUUCAAGUCGGACCAGCCGGCGUCAACCUGACAGAACUCGACUUGGAGGAAUCGCCUAAAAGCAACGAUUCUGGCUCAUUUGACUACGGCCUGCUAGCGGAAUGCAGGAGAAGAAACAUUAGUCACAUUACAAAGAUAGUCUAUCACAUUGAUCUGAUUGUAUUUCGAGCUAUUCCCUUUGCCACAAUGCUCAUCUCUUCUGGCAUCUUGGCCUGCUUGAUCCGGUCUCAGAGCCGUCGGCGGAACGAACUUGUUCACAAUUUAUCCCUAGUUCAGCGUCGUCAUAGGGCUGUACUGCAGAGUCGUGAAAGCCGAGCCUCCCUACUUCUCUUGGCAAUGAACGCCACAGCAUUGCUAACCAAUCCUCUCUUUCUCAUAUUUGAGCUGUGGGAUGGAGAAGCGAGUGAGGGGCAUCCAGCGGCCAAGUUGACCGGCGAUGUUUGUGUCUCUGCCAUGCUGACCACCUUCUUCAACUUUCUGAUGUAUUUCAACAACCAAACAAAUUGGAUAUUUUAUCUAACAUUUGGUGCUCGAUUUCGCCGUCACAUCCAAGAUUUGGUCUUGUGUCGAUGCUGCGAAGCUGGCCUUGGUCGAAGGAAUACUAAAGCACGGAUUGGAGGUGGCGGCAUUGCUUGCAGUCUUGGUCCAAGUAGCGGCUACUGCUACGGCCGUGGUGGCAGUCGGGGCAGCAAUUCCCUACUCGCGGUCUCAUAUUCGCAUACUCGGCCUUUAGAUCUUGAACAGACCGUUUGUCUUUCUUUGGUAGGAGAAGCUGAACGGGGUGAUGCAUAUCACUCGGAAAUUUUGCCGGAGCAAAUGAAACACAAUUCAUCUGGAGAAAUGGUACCAUCGUCCCCGAAGCCUUCUAUUACACGAUCGCGUCACCUCUGCCCGUCACAUUCCUCGUCAAAUCUUAGCCACUUUAAAAAGUGGGUAUACCAUUCUUCCAAGCAUCGACGAACAUCACGCACAGAUCAGUUCAUGCAGACAUUUAUUCAUUGUCUGGCAUAUACAUGCUUCUCGGGAUGUUGUUGCAAUUCUAGAAGCAGGAUUUUAGGUCGGCUGAAGUCAACUGCAACUCAGGAGAGCAUAGUCACUAAUGCAAAUGAGUCCAAACGGAGCCCUUCAUUAGGCGAAAGCUCCCCUCAUUGUGUAAGGUCGGUUCGUAUCAAGAAGUCUAAAAAUGAUGCUCAGAAUACAGGCAUUAAACUGGAUGUUUUGUGCAGACAAAAAGUCAGACUUAACUCAACAGACAGAAUACUUUAUUCAGUGUCACCAUUUUCUCAUCAGAGGAUAAAAUCUGUGUCGCUUCAGCAGGAAUUUACUCAUUGUUUUAAUGAGUCUAUGCCUGAAAAUUUGUCAAUAAACAAUUGUGUAAGUAAUCGGACAAAAAACGACAUGACAACUUAG